AAUGGGACAGAGGGAGUACCACUUUCAGCUAAUUUCCUUAUAAAGAAAAGAGCUGCUUUGGAAAACAUCUCUCUAAAGGAAGACCUCUCAUUUCUGCACUGAGAUCUAUCAAGGCCUCAAAGUAAACGAUACUACACAGAAAAGACCUAACUGACUAAUCUUGAUCAAAUUCACAAGGCUGAUACGGAGAUAUGGGAAGGGGGAAAAUUGUGAUCCGGAGGAUUGACAACAAUACAAGCAGGCAAGUCACUUUCUCCAAAAGGCGAAAUGGAUUGCUUAAGAAAGCCAAGGAAUUAGCCAUCCUUUGUGAUGCUGAAGUCGGGCUGAUGGUUUUUUCUAGCACCGGGAAGCUCUAUGAUUUCGCAAGCACCAGCAUGAAAUCAAUAAUUGAACGUUACAACAAAAUGAAAGAAGAGAAUUAUCAGCUGCUGAAUCCUACUUCAGAAGUCGAGUUUUGGCAAGGCGAAGUAGAAAGAUUGAGACAACAGCUGCAAUACUUGCAACAAAACCACAGGCAGCUGUUGGGAGAAGAACUUUUUGGUUUGAACAUCAAUGAUUUACAUAACUUGGAAAAUCGACUGGUUAUAAGUUUGAAAGGUGUUCGUAUGCAAAAGGAGCAAUUAUUAAAAGAUGAAAUACAAGAACUAAACAAGAAGGGGAGUCUAAUUCAUCGGGAAAAUAUAGAACUCCACAAAAAAGUAACCCUCAUCCAAGAAGCAAACCAGGAAUUGCGUAAAAAGGUUAACGGAUUAGCGAGCUCAAGUACACACAUAAGAAACCAGACUCCAUUUGGCAUCAGCAAUGGGUAUGACUUAAAUGCAUCCAUCAGUCUCCAGCUAAUUCAGCCAAUGACAAAGACGAACCCAACACCGGAAACAGAUGUAACACUUGGGUUAAAGUUGCAGUAGAGCACUAUCCCAGCUGUGGAUGAACUCGGGUGACUAAUCAAUCGGCUCAUCAAAUACUUCGCUUGCAUUGAAGCUAAAUUCCUUCGAAAAUGGACUAAACGAUGCGUAACUUCUUAUUGAAUUUGGUACAAUGCAACCUAUUAAAUGAUCUUCCAUGCACCAUAAAUAUUUGUAAAUUUGAAAUAAUUGGAAACAUGCAGGAUCAACUACAGUAAGACCCCAAUUCAGACUGAAGUAAGCAUUAUAAGCAUGCCAUGAGUGGAUUCAUGUAUGGUUGUAAUAUUAGUGUUAAAUUUAUGAAAUUUUUAUUAUGACAUAAUUAGUGUUUGGCAAAAAUAAGCCAUUAUCAAAAUACAGACUUGUUUUUAUUAAAAA